AUGGACCGAUUGCUUGUUGUCUCAAACAGGCUUCCUGUGACAUUAAGUAGAGAAAACGGCGCGUGGACGUACAAGCGGUCUUCGGGAGGGCUGGUUGCCGGUCUUGCUGGCAUGAAAAAAAUGACAUCCUUCAUCUGGAUCGGAUGGCCAGGUUUGUCGCACAUAGACUUGAUUUUUUUAGGCUUUGAAAUCCCAGAAGAAGACCGUGAUCAAAUUGGCGAAACUCUGCUUUCCGAAUACUCGGCAAUUCCUGUAUUUCUCCCCGACGAAAUUUCAAAUCCAUUCUACAACACAUUUGCAAACAGCAUUUUGUGGCCGUUGUUCCAUUAUCUUCCUGUGGACAUGAGCUUUGAUGAAUCUGCAUGGGAGGCAUAUGUGAAGGCAAAUUCUCUCUUUGCUGAUGUAAUUCUUAAAGAAUGCAGGGAUAAUGACUUGGUUUGGAUCCAUGAUUAUCAGCUGAUGACUCUUCCUCGUCUUCUUCGAAUGAAGUUGGACCUUUCCGGCUUCAAAAAUGUAAAAAUUGGGUUUUUCCAUCACAUUCCCUUUCCCUCUUCUGAGGUGUUCAGAGUCUUGCCUGUUGGUGCUUGCAUUUUGAAGGGAAUCAUAGCAGCCGAUUUGAUUGGCUUUCACACGUAUGAAUAUGGAAGACACUUCCUAUCAAGUUGCAAUCGACUAUUGUCGCUUGCAACAUCGCCAACAAUGGUCAGGGUCAGCGAUGGCCACAUUGCGCGAGUUGGAAUAUAUCCGAUUGGGAUAGAUCCGGAUCCAUUUAUCGACGCACUUGACCUUCCUCCCAUAAAAUCGAUCAUGAAGAAGCUGAAAUUAAAAUACGGAGACCAGAAAAUAAUCUUAGGAGUAGAUAGACUUGACUACAUCAAAGGCAUUCCUCACAAGCUUCUUGGAUUUGAAAUCUUUUUGCGUAAUUAUCCGCAAUUCCGUGGAAAGGUGGCUGUCCCAACCAGAGAGGAUGUGGAAGAGUAUCGAAAUCUAAUUGCAUAUACAAAUGCAUUGGUCGGACAUAUCAAUGGAAAAUAUGGCUCAAUUGACUACAUGCCGCUACAAUUUAUCAACAAUAGCGUUCCUUUUCAAGAGCUAGCUGCACUUUAUGCAAUUGCCGAUGUGUGUCUCGUCACCUCGAUACGAGAUGGAAUGAAUUUGGUUUCGUAUGAAUUUGUUGCGGCUCAGCCCCAUUCCAAUCCCGGGGUGUUGAUACUUUCCGAGUUUGCCGGUGCGGCUCAAUCCUUCAAUGGCGCGCUAAUAAUCAAUCCAUGGGAUACCAUAGGACUGGCAAAGACAAUUGUCACGGCACUUGAAAUGCCAUUAGAAGCGAGAGAAACUGCACAUCAAUCCUUGUUCCGCUGGGUGACGAAAUACACAUCGGCCUAUUGGGGAAUGGGGUUUAUCUCAGAACUAUCUAGAUGCACCCAAAUAGAAGCCUCGGGAGCAUCAUCUGCUUCAUCAAUCACCAUUGCUCCAUCCUUUAGAGCCAUGGGAACCCAAAAGGAUAUGCAAAUAGCGUUCGUCGACUCUAUCAAAAAACAAAUGUCCCCCCAAAAGAUCCCGAAAAAUCAACUCGAGCUUCUGCUGGUUGAUAAAGGUGGUAAGCUUCUGGAGCAUAGACCCAUUUUGGCAAAAGAAACCCCACGCCCACACAUGAUACAUUUAAUAUCGUCUCUUGCAUCGCUUCCAAACUUUUCAACAUUUAUCAUGUCAGGUGGCGGAAGACCGUUCUCAUUUUUGCUUGACUGGUUCGGCUCUACCGGAGCCGGGCUUGUAGAUUCGGAGGGUGAAUUUUAUCAGCAUCCGCAUGCCUCCCCUAGCAUUUCAAAUCAUGAUGACAAUUGA